AGAUAAUUACUAAGGUUAUAGGCGUUGUACCUUGUGAAAAACCACGCUAAAGGCCUAGUGCUAUGUGCGUUUCUGUUAUGCAAUUAUUGUACGAUAGAACAUCAUGACAGGUGUUUGUUUUGAUAACACAAGUUUCUAAUUAAUUAGUUUCCUUCAAUAAUAAGUCGCCUAGGCGAAGAUGGAAGGUGGAGAGUGGAGAACUAACAUAAUAAGUCAGCUACAGGCACGGAACAAGCAUGAAACAGCUGCCUUUCAGGACAUUAUUGCCUAUCAGAGCCGACUAUUUGACAAUGUAAAUACUCUAAAGAAUGAAAAUCUACAGUUGACUUUAGUGAAUGAACGAAUAAGAUUUUCAGGCGCGGACAGUACAGGAGGUGGAGGUGGCAGUAAUGAAAAAAUACAGGCUUUAGAACAGAAGAUUUUAAAGCUACAAGAAGAAUUGACGUCGUUACACCGACGGAGAGGGGAAAGCGCACAACAGAUCAUUAAUUUGAAUGCGAAAGUACAUGAUUUAGAGAAACAACUUCAGAAUAAGGAUGUAGUUAUUUCAGAAAACACCGCCCUUAUAGCAUCUCUUCGAGCAGAAAUACAAAUGUAUGAAACAAACAUGGCUGAACUGCAGGGAUUAAAUCAAGUAUUACGAGAUGAACAUCAAGCUUUACAAAUCGCUUUUGCAGCUAUUGAAGAAAAAUUAAGAAAAGCGCAGGACGAGAAUAGAUCAUUAGUGGAGAGACUAAUAAAAUACAAGGCGAAAGAUGCAGACAAAAUGAACGAGGAAAACGAACAUUUUCUUAAGUCAAGCUCUACCGCGUUUUUCUUCAACACGUUUAGACUUAGUAGUUUCGGAAAAAAGAGUGACAAAGUCCGGAAAGAAUUGGAAGAGGCAGCAAGAGAAGGAAAUAGUAGAAGUAGUGUCGGCUCCGGAGGUAGUUCGGCGGAUGACAAGGUGCUGGAUUCCAUGCCAUUUUAUGCGACGACAUUACCUACUAAAGUCGCUGUAAGAUUUGACGCACAUGACGGUGAAGUUUAUGCUGUCAAAUGGAGCCCUACAGAUAGGAUAGUUGCCACUGGAGGCGCUGAUAGGAAACUCAAAUUAUGGGACGUCUGUAAAUCGUCAGUGGAGAGCAAGGGUACUCUAGUCGGUUCUAAUGCAGGAGUGAUGUCGGUCGACUUCGACUCGACAGGAGCGUACAUAGUUGGUGCCUCCAACGACUUCGCGAGUCGUGUGUGGACGGUGGGAGACCAGAGAAUGAGGCAUACGCUCACGGGUCAUAGUGGAAAAGUGAUGGCCGCAAAAUUCCUCGGGGAGCCCACCAAGGUCAUAACAGGGAGCCACGACCGGACGCUCAAGAUAUGGGACCUUAGAAGUAGAAUGUGUACAGAAACAAAAUUCGCUGGGUCAUCGUGUAAUGACCUUGUGACAUCAGAUGGAGCUGGAUCUACUAUAAUCUCGGGACAUUUCGACAAACGAAUACGUUUCUGGGAUGUACGCACUGAGAUGUCGGCCAACCAUAUAAUGUUACAGGGCAAGGUGACGUCUCUCGAUCUCAGCAGAGAUAGCAACUACCUUCUGGCGUGCGUGAGAGACGACACAAUACAGCUAAUAGAUCUGCGUAUGAACACGAUUGUACGAUCUUUCAGUCACGAGUCUUUCAAGGUGGGGUGCGAUUGGUCGCGAGCAGCGUUUGGACCUGGCGGGCGGUUACUGUCAGUCGGAGCGGCAGAUGGUGCCGUCUACGUAUGGAAUACGCAUUCGGGACGACUUGAAGCAAUACUCAAAGAUCAUUCAUCAGCGGUAACGGCAGUAUCGUGGCAUCCUCAGUCUGGCCUUUUGGCGUCGGUUGACAGAGGGAAACGCGCCAUCAUUUGGGGAGAUUUGUGACAAGCCUGGGAGACACCUCUCCUUCCACCGAAGGCCGAACAGGGUAGUAAAGAAGACAACCCGGAAAGUGAGAACGAUAAUGGAGAGGUGUUGGAGUUCCUUCGAGGCAUCACCACAGACAUAUUUCAACGUUUCGCCUAGAACACCAACAUUGUUCUUGUGCAAGGUGAACAGUAGACAAUGGACUUAUCUUCACGUGCUCUAGUUGUACAUACUUUUCAAGUUGUGCUGGAGUCUCUUACAGGUUACAUUGUUAUCUGUUCACAAAGACUAAGUCAUAGGCUAGUUCAUAAACUAAGAACAUUUUCGUAUGAAUUAUGUUAUUUAAAAUAAUAUUAACAACAAUUCGUGUAAUGUCAACUAGCUUAUUGAUUAAUUAUAUACGUCACCCUAUUCCAUAUGUCCUAAAGGUGGUGAUUGAUAUUUAAGCUAUACUAAUACAUUUUAUAACAUUAACCAAUGUAGCGUGUUGUAAACACAACAAAAAAUGUAAAUUUUAGAAAUUAUAAGAGGUGCUACCGGUCACAAUUUUAUCACAUCCACCCGCUAUUUUGAGAUGCGUCAGAUAUAAGGACGUAGAAUUGUUAAAAAUAUGUAGUCGCAUAAUACCUUAUUGUAACCACAUCAGCUAUCCCUCCUAUUGCCUCGAAUUAUGGUGUAAUUUAGAAGUUAAGGAUGUCUUCCAAUGGUUUUUAUUCUUUUCAUUCCUAUAGAUCAAAUAUUUAUUUAGUUUUUCUUUUAAUUAAUAGGCUGAAAUAUGAAAAUAGUUAAUUAAUUUACAUUACAGAUACAGAUAUAUUAUACAAAAUUAUUUUAAAAUAACCCAAAUAAUUGUUUUUUUUUUUUGCGGAAAAGUUGGUAUUUCGUCUCUUAGUACUGUGAAUCAAAACAAUCUUCUGUAAUUUUCCAAAAGUGCCAGGCAAAAUUUUUGUUUAUUUUAAUGGCAAAAAUGUCGAAUUAAGUACUUUUAUGUCGACAAAAUAAUUCUGUAUAAUACAAUAAAACAUUUUAGAAUAGUUUCCUCGGUGACUGACAUUAAGUACCCAUGUACAAUGUAAUAAUUCCUCACACAACACAUAACGCAAUUAUGCGUAAUGUGCGUAAGAUUACGUGAUUAGAAUGAUACAAUUUUAUUACCAGUGCAUAGUGUAAUCAUUGUGUGAAGACAAUUAUGUGAGCUUUAGUUUACACUAAUUAACGAAAGCCAGUAGCAGACUCGCGUAUACUCACGCAACAAAAACAAUGAGAAAUUUAAACCACAACAAUAAAGUAAAUGUUAUUUCUCUCAAUGAUCAACGCUUGUAUGUGCACUAGACUCUUUAAUUAUACAAGACGCGGUUACACUCAUCAGGCAUUGUCACAAGUUAUUUAGAUAUCCUCAGUGUGUCGAUGAUAGGUGUGAAAUAGAUUUUUUGUUUUUUUUAAAACAUCAACGUGUCAGAUGUGUAGUGUAAUAAAUUCAUCGCUUAUUAUCAUCAUUGUGACAUCAUAUUUGUAUGAAGCGGUUAAAAGGCCCACCUGCGCUUCCCGAAGCGGCUCAUUAGCAAACAAUGAUCGGGCGUUGGCGGCUACCGCAGCCCUCGCGAGGCGCGAUCAAUAAACCGGCGCAGCCGCAGAUAAGCCGGGUACGCGGUCGCGCGCGCGCACCGUACAUAUGCCGCGGGCGACACAUCCAUAAUCCCGUGACGUGUUGUGACAGCCAAGCUCGACCGCUUUUUAUACCGUUUCAUACUACAUUUUUUAAGACAGUGCAACGACCUCGAACCGUUUUUUACGUAUUAUUUUCACAUAUAAUUACAUGUAUAACCGAGCAACCGCUUAAUUAUCCGAAACCGCUGGCGAAGCAUAAACCCGGAAUCCCGAUCAAAAACCUCCGGCGCCGCUUUUAAAUUACGCUUCGUUAACCUUCUCCUAGGUUAAUUACUGCUAACGCACACAAACAUGCUUUGCAUAGAAUACAAGUAAGAGACUCCGUCUCUCUAAACGUUGAUAUUUUAUCUUGCCUGAAUAAACGUGUCAUACUCUAUAAAGAUAUUGAAUUAAAUCGCCAAUUUAUUAUGUCAACUACAAUACAUACAAUCUUUUUCACAUUUAAACUAGUCAGUUUCCUUCAACUUUUAGGAUUGACUUACGAGUAUGUUCGUGAUUCUGAGUCGAUAAAGAUGGUCUGCAUUUACGUUUUGUGAAUAAAUAAAUGGCAAUGGAGUCUUCGAUGGUAUUUGUCUAAACGUAUGUAAUAGGCAGCUUGAAAUGUAUAAGAAUUAGAGUCGUAUGUAUCCAAAAAUUCGGAUAAGUUUUCGAAUUAAUAUAAUAUGUAUAGGUUCGACUUAGUUUCUAGUUGAAAUACAGUUAAAUUUUAUUUAUCAUAACAGGUGAUGAGUGUUAUACUCUACCCACAGGUAAUCGACCGGCAUUUUAUAGCAUAUUAAUUAAACAUGACCUGAUUUAAGAUGUUCUGUAAGUUUUGUAGCCAAUGUUUCUUUUAAGGUUGUGCUUUAUAAAAGUAAUAAUAAUACAUAUUAUAACAGACGUUUGAAACUUAUGAAACUUUUUUACUCAUAUAACACUACCAAUUAACAAAAAAACAAUGUUUCAUGUAUGUUCUUAUUCCUGUGUUUCAACAAAAAGUGUGCCUUUUAUUGUUAUUAGUCACUGUAAGUACUUAGGGACAAGAUUUCUUUGCCGACAGAGAAAUAUACACAAAGUUUGUACCUACUUUUACUCCUCAACCUGUCGUGUUUUGUACUCAAUGUAUAUUAAAAAAUAGCCUUUGAUAGUCGUUUUUGCUAGAGUUAAACUUAGAAUAGAUUAAUAUUAUGUAGCUUUACAAAGACUGUUGUCAUUAAUUUUAAAUAAUGUUUACAUCACAGAUACGGUCAAGUUUAGUAUAACAUCUGAUGUUUUCAUGGAACGUUCUAUGACCUCCGCAUGUGAAAUUCUUGUGUGUUUUUAAAUUUUAAAUCUCCGAUCAGUUGCUCUAAGUGUUACAUACACGAUAAUGAAGCAUAAUGUAAUAUAACAUUUCGUCACUUCACGUCGUUAAGUACAGUUAGGGCGUUUUCACACAAGUAUGACAAAAUUCCGCACAUGUAUUUAAGUUUAGACACGUGCGAAAAUGCCCUUAGUCAGGCUGUAUUAAAGUGGCUUUGAAGUAAAAUUGUAUACUCUAUAAUACUUGAAUAUUUUUGUAUGAAUUGUAUUAUAAAUUGUAUAGUACAAGUUUAUAAUUGUUUGUAAAUGUUACGCCAAUUCUUCG